AUACCCACCCGAUGAGACACGCCAUCCAUUCAUUUAGUGAGUGACGCUGGGGACGGUUCGUGUCAGGAAAGCACGGAUAAAAUUCCCGUCAGUCUCCCUCAGUGCUUUCAUCGGAACGGUUCGGAUACCGUUCCGUGUCCGGGUUUUGGUUUUGGGUUUGGUUUUGGUAGCUAGCUGGUGGUGCAGAAAAAAAAGAAACGACGACGGCAAAGACGUUUACGGGAACUGUGCAAUUUGGCGGAAUAUGUGUGAACGAAUAUCGAUUUUCUGCUGAUUUCAUCUCAACGAGGAAGUGGGAAUUGUGGAUUUUUGACAACCGCUACUGCUGCGGCGGAGAAUUACCCGACCGACCGAUCCGUGCUCACUAAUUAGACGCAUUAAUUUGGUAAAUGGUUGUCGCAACCGGAACACCCGGAAAUUAGCGCAGCCCAUCGGUGUCCGCUGCUGGUGAACGUUGUGUGGUAUGUGGCAUGCGACGAAGGAUGAUUAAAUAUCCUAUGCUGAAAACCGAAUGUUUGAUAUAUGAUGAUUAAAUCAUGCAAAGUGAUGUAUUUACCAACUUUUCCAAGAUGGGAAACACCCUCGGUUCCGUUGGUGACAACGUCGGUUGACAUGCGAAGAUGUACUCGAUGCUGCUGAAGCGUAGCAAAGCGUUGGAAAUAUUUUAUGAAGAUAUGCAGCCAUUAGAGGUAAUCAUGCCCAUGAAAGCGAUGGAAAAAAUGUAGUACAAACUUAUUCUCUCAAUUUUUGAUCAAAAGUAAUACCAUUCAAAAGAGCAAAAAACAAACCAGUGUUUAAAAAAGGAUAUAAAUAUAAAAAAGAAUCAAAUAUCACAACACAACAACUUGUCCAACCAACUGACAAGUGUGGUCUGCAAAAGAAGCACAUCAAACAGUAAUAAAUAAACAUGAAAGCAUCGUUGGACAAUUCGUUUGGUCCUCAAGGAGAGGAGCCGGUCAACUCGGUGCAAGUGAUUGUUUAUGCCGCCACAUCGUUUCUGAUCGUAUCCCUGCUGGGACUGCUCAUCUACAUCACCUGUUCCAAGCGCUAUCGACUGAAUUGGUUCGAGAAAAAUCUGCUCGAGACGGAAAAAGAGCGCCAAGCGGGCCGGCAAAGACAAACGGGUCGGGUCAGCUGUCCUAUCGCAUAUAAUAUCGAUGCUGUGGCAGGAACAUCACGAUAUCUGAAUCGAAAUAACAGUAGUCCAUUAGCAAAAGCGGACAAUCCGCCCUUCUGGGCCUCCGAGGGGUUGUACAAAGCAAACAGUGGUAUUGGCCAGCUUAUGGAUUCGUCCGACGAGGAAGUCCCAGAGGACAGUGCGGAUUCGUCUAGUAGUUGUAAAUCAGUCAUAGUGGUGGGAUCGAUGCCCAUCGCAGGCACUAACAAGCACGUGGUUCUCAGUGCUACGAACCCGGCAAAACCAACCACAUCCACGGUGAAGGCCAAAAACGGACAGACCGGUUGUGUGCCGGUAGAAGAUGUGGUAGAUUCGACCGAUCUUAAGAGUUCUCCUGCCAAACUGGACCUAGGCGACAACUCACGAGGCGCUAUUCAUAUGACGCUCAGCUAUGAUCCCACCGCAGGGAUUUUGAACGUCAAACUGAUUGAGGCUCAGGAUCUGCAACCGCGUGAUUUCAGCGGAACGGCAGACCCAUACGCAAAGAUAAGACUGCUUCCUGAUCGGAACAAUAUGUGGCAAACUAGGGUACACAAGAAAACACUGAAUCCAGUGUUCGACGAGGAUUUUGUGUUCGAAGUACGUCCCGCCACCAUCGGUCGACGGACACUUGAGGUACUACUGUUCGAUUUUGACGCCUACUCGCGCCACGUGAUCAUCGGCGGUUCGCAGCUCGCGCUGGCGCACGUUGAUUUUACCGACCGGAUGGACAUCUGGCGCCCACUAGGACCAUGUACCGAUACGGACACGAAACAAGAUCUGGGCGAUCUGAUGAUUUCACUUUCAUAUCUACCGUCAGCCGAGAAACUUACCGUUGUAGUAAUCAAAGCAAGGAAUCUUCGGAUCAUCGACGAAACGCGGAACUCAUCGGAUCCGUACGUAAAGGUGUCACUGUAUAAUAUUGACGGAAAAAGACUCAAAAAGCGAAAGACAACUGUAUCGCGGAACACGAUAUCUCCGGUGUACAACGAGGCCCUCUCGUUCGACAUUGCCCGGGAUGCACUGAAAAAUUGCUCAAUCGAACUACAGGUCCUUCACGAUAACCUUCUAGGGAAGAACGAAGUUCUCGGCAAGGCAAUUAUCGGCAGCGGACCCGACGCGAGACCAGAAGAUAGAGCCUUUUUCGAUGAACUCUUCCGGAAUCGGUCCGCGACUGCACAAUGGAUUACGCUCUCGGACUGGAAGGCAUCAAAACCGAUGGCUGGAAAAUAAAAUGUUUACAAAACAGAAAAAAAAUACAGAUCAAGCACUUCUAUCCCAGCAAGGAGAACUAAUAUAAUUUGUAAGGAAACGUCCAGUGUACCUUAAUCUACAUAUUGCUGUUUGUUAACUCGCAAAGCAACUAUCCCAAUUGUUAUUCGAUGUUCUCAAUAUAACCAUUUACGUAUCAUCGUGAUGAAAGUGCAAACGUUUUAACAGCGAUUAGUUUUGGAAUGUAUUCAAGAAUCUAUUUACUGUAGUCAAGAUUUCUAUAGCCAAGUAUACUUCAAUCAAUAGGCUUGUUAAGUGGUACUAUUUUCAAAUGUCUAUCUGCCUUCUAUUAAGUUUGAAGACGUGUAAGAACAACAUGACUGCUGAAAGGUUUAUCUAUAUACACCAUGGUAUCAAUAUACUUAUACUCACACCAUAGAUUACAGAAUUGCAAAAGGGUGAAACAUUUUCUAAAACACUAACGGACAGUUUCUGUCGGUUAGAUUGCGCAAAAUCAUGCGCAUAUACAUAGAACAACUGUGUAAUUCAUAAUAUUUACUUAGUGUUACAGAUAUAUAUAAAAACUAAUAAAUGAUAAAACUAGUAUACAAUAUCAGAAAAA